CUAGGUGUCAUAGCUUUCCCUAUUUCGUCUGCCAAUCUCCUCUCGUUACUCACUGGUCGGCGCGAAGGCGUCCCUUUCGUUGCACAGUCCUCUUCUCCCUCUGGUCAUUGAGAAGAAGCAGCAAGAGAGGCCACGGCAAUGGGCGACCGUCGAGGCGACGAGGGCCUGCGCCAGCAGCCUCCGUUCUCGUCUGGUCAUCAGGAGAGGGUCUAUGACGGCGGCGGCCCGGCGCCGUACGGGAGUGAUUAUGAUCCUGGAUCGUCCUACAUGUCUCUUCUCGGCACUAGCAUCAACAAUCCCCAGCCGCCGCCGUGGGCUGUCGAGGAGGUCACCGCCGCGACUCCGAUUAAUCUGACGCCUCAGUUCUCCAUGGGAAACUACGUGCCGACGUCGUCCUACCAGCAACAGACCACCUUCUCACCCCUCGCCAACCUCCACCCCUACCAGUCGUCGUCGUCGUCAUAUUUCCAAGCCGACCCGCCGCCACAAUGGCCUCCACGGGCGACGCAGCCGCCCUCCUCCUCCCUGCUGCUGCCCCGCAACUUCGCGGUCCACCACACGGGGCCAUCCACGCACUACGAGCAGCACAUGCAACUAAUGCGCGCGGCGGCGCUCGGCAGUCAGCACGCGGCACCGGCGGCGCCUCCAAUCGAGCAGCCGGCCAAGGACGGGUACAACUGGCGCAAGUACGGGCAGAAGCAGCUCAAGGACGCCGAGUCGCCGCGCAGCUACUACAAGUGCACUCGGGACGCCUGCCCCGUCAAGAAGAUCGUCGAGCGAGCCUUCGACGGCUGUAUCAAGGAGAUCACCUACAAGGGCCGGCACACCCACCCGCGCCCACCGGAGCCCCGGCGCGGCGGCCAAGCAGGUGGCGAUGACGCCGCCGCUGCCGCUGCCGCCGCCGGGGCUGAGGAGGACGAGGCGAGCGACGACGAUAUGCUGAAUGAGGAUGGCGGCGAGGAGGGCCAUGACAUUGGCAGCGGCGCAGGUGGUGCGGCGGGGCAGAGGGUGGUGAAGAAGCACAAGAUCAUACUGCAGACGCCGAGCGAGGUCGAUCUCCUCGACGACGGCUACCGGUGGCGCAAGUACGGCCAGAAAGUGGUCAAGGGCAACCCCCGUCCCAGGAGCUACUACAAGUGCACCGCCGAUAACUGCAACGUGCGCAAGCAGAUCGAGAGGGCGUCCACGGAUCCCAGGUGCGUCCUGACGACGUACACUGGCCGGCACAGCCACGACCCACCAGGCAGGGGUGCCGGAGUCGCCGCUGCUCCCACCGGCGGCGGCUCCUCUUCCGAUCCUACGGGGAACCCGGCCGGCGGCACAUUGCAUCAGUCAAGUGGCACUCAUCGGCUGAAAGAAGAGAGCCGGGAUUAACACCUAUUCUCUCUGUACCGAAUUAUAAGACGUUCUAGCACACUGUUAGUAAUCUAAAACGUCUUAUAAUUUGGUACAAGGGUAUUUUUUCGGAUUGCCAGUGUGGGUUUUCCUCCGUGUGAAUAAUAGAGCUGCACUAUUGAUUCUUUUGGGCAGGUUUUUCAACUGGCUAAUUCUUGUUCGUCGUGGUUAAUUAGACGUCAGUUAUAGUAAAGGAUUGACCUGUUUUUUGGGCCGCAGGUGCAGGUGACAUUUUUUUUUUGGCUUUUGUAUUGUAUGAGAUGCACAAUGUGUUGUUUCCCUGAUGUUUGGAAUGAAAAAAAUGUUAUCUCC